UGCCGCUGGCGGACUUUGACAGCAGCAGUUCUUCUCAGUACAGCAAGUGCUGAACUGUUAUCAUGUGUUAAUAAGUUAAAACGGCGGACAGGCUCCGAUGAUGAGAGGCCCCCUCCUGGUUCCUGAAAACUACAGCGGAGGUUGAUACUUCCUGACAGGGAACGAGAGCUUUGAUGGAUGUGGAGGUGCGGUAGUACCAUGAAAAGUGGAGGAAGGGGCAAGGAGCCACCUGCUGCAGGGGAUAUCGCUGGCAAACGCCCCAAACGCAAAUGUCUGCAAUGGCACCCUCUUCUCUCCAAAAAGACUCUCGAUUUCUCUGAAGAGGAGGAGGAAGAUGACGAAGAAGACCUGGAGAAGCCCGUGCCGUGCAGUCAGGAGCGAGAGCCUCAGGUGCAGAGUGGAAGCACAGCAGAGGAAGUGGAGGAGGACUCCAGUGAGCAGCGGGCACGGCGGCCGAUGAAUGCCUUCCUCCUGUUUUGCAAACGCCACCGCUCCCUGGUGCGGCAGGAGCACCCUCGUCUUGACAACCGCGGGGCCACCAAGAUCCUGGCCGACUGGUGGGCUGUCCUGGAGCCCAAAGAGAAACAGAAGUACACGGACAUGGCCAAGGAGUACAAGGAUGCUUUCAUGAAGGCAAACCCAGGCUACAAGUGGUGUCCCACCACUAGCAAGCCAGUAAAGAGCCCUUCCUGUCCGCUGGUCAGCAAUCCCCGCAAAAAACUCUUGUCCUUCCCUUGCAACUCAUCCAAGGACUCCACUGCCAAAAAAGUGCCCAAAAGCGACAGCUUGCCACAGCUGAACUUUGCCAUGGCCGAUCCUACAAAGAUGGGAGGCCUGAGCAUGCUGCUGUUAGCUGGUGAACACGCCCUCACAAACAGAGAGAUCCCUUCUAAAGCCAGUUUACCUGAAAUAGCCAAUGAAGGAAGCCAUUCUCCAGAGGAUAAGGAAGAGGUGGGUUCUCAGUCCAUCUUCCCAGACGGAGUCCCUGACAUUACUGAGAGCAGGGUCACGUCUGCCCUUCCCUCGGUGGAAGAAGUGCCGCUGUCGACGCUUGCUGACGGGAAACCGUGCGGACAGUCUGCUCUCUUCCAGCUCGCAGAGAUGUGUUUGGCGUCUGAAGCUGGAAUAAUGGAUGCAGUUGUAUCUAAGCCUGAGGACAGCUCCUCUCCAGCUUCUCUCCAAACAAGCAUGAAGCCAGAGAUGAAGGAGGAGAGCUCUGAUCCUGAGCUCCAUCCUCCCUCCACGCACACAUCAUCUCUCUUUCCUUCUCCUCCACCUGUCACUUCUACCUCCUCCGAUGCCAUUCCCUCAGACCACAGCAGCCACAGUCCACGUGUCAAAAAGAAGAGCAAGAAAAAAGACUUGGACUGGAGCCCUGCAAUGAAGACUGAAUGUUCAGAACCGAGCAUGGACAGCAUCAACAGUACCAUCGAGGCAGUGGCCACAGGAACCUGGAUGGCUAAGAAGAAGAUCCACACCGUUGCUCCUGCUGGAACAUCUGGUUUACCCAAGAAGAAGAGUAAGAACAAAGCAAAGAGUUUUGUCAUCGAGAGGGAUGAGAGCGAUGGGGAGAAGGCUUCGUCGGCUGUAGAGAUGAUGGACGAGGCGACUGAUGGAAUCCCUGACACUGAGGCUGAAGCUGCGGAUGUGGAAACCACCGACGUCCACGAGUCCGCUCCAGAGCCCCCUCACCCCCACCGUAGCCAUUCACCUGCCAAGCUCAAAGAGGAAGACAAGGGAAAAGAGCGAGCGAGUGACAUGGAAAAUCGAGGCGCCAGAAAAUCCGAACGCAGCUGCAAGGGUGCCUUGUACAAAACCCUGGUCUCUGAGGGGAUGCUGACGUCACUGAGAGCCAACAUCGACCGAGGUAAAAGAGGAGCUUUCCGAGCGUUUGAGGAUGCAAACUGGACUCAUGAUGGCUGGAUGACCCCCCACAUGGGACCAAUUAAUCCCAAAAAACUGAAGAAGUCCAAGUCCAAAGACGAGUCUUCACAGGGCCUGGGAAAACUGGAGGAGGAGUUUGAGAGGAAGUUUAACAGCCUGCCCCAGUACAGCCCAGUGACCUUCGACAAGAAGGGGACGGCCGUCGCCAAGAAGAAGAAGACUGACUGCUCCACCAACCAACAGGACACCUCCAAAGCUGGAAAAGUGGUUCCCACUGAUUCUGGCCUGCUGGAUUCGGCUUCAAAAGCCAGAUCUUUUGCACCCGUUGCCGUGACGUUCCCAGAUGUGCAGGGGGCCACCAGCGCAGAGAUGCUCGUUGGUAGCCAGAAGAGGAAGGCAAGAAAGACCAAGAUCACACAUUUGGUCCGCACAGCUGACGGUAGCGUGUCUCCUGCUGAAGAGGACAAAACUAGGGACCUGAACCAGGAAAAGGAUGAGAAGCCAUUACCCCAACAGAAUUUAUGCAAUGAAAAACGGUGCUACAUCAGUUUGAGGGCAGAGGAGGAGGAGAGGAGCACCGUACCACCUGAGUUACCUGCUUUCUUCAGCCUGGCAGCCCUUGCUGAGGUGGCAGCCAUGGAAAACGUUAACAGAGGCCAGAGAGGUUUGGCUCAGAACCAGAAGAAGGAUCUGGCCCAGACGCCAGUCCUCAUCUCCUGCGCUGACCAGUGAAGUUCUGCUGCUGCUCUGAUCCACCAACAACUUGGACAUGUCUGGAGCUUCACUUUCCUCAGAGGUCACAUGAUGAGCAGGGCUUCAGCAGACUCCAACUCCAGUGGCGGAGCAUUUGGCCGAGCUCGGAUCUGAGGGGGGAGGAAGCCCUCUCCUCCUUUUCCUCCUCCUCCUGCCUGGUGGUGUCUCAGUGUUUCCCCCUGCCUUCCUCUGGUUUAAUGGAGGACGCCUUUCUCCAGAGACAGUUUUGUGGUGAUCUGUAUGAUGAGCUUGUGUGUAGUGGUUGAAGGAGGUGUUGGUGGGUGUUUUAGAGAAGUAGACAGGAGCUGAUUGGCUGUGGAGUCAGCAGCAGAAAUAUUUUAACCACCUUAAAAAGAAAAAAACAGCACAGUUUCCAGACCACGCUGAUGGCUGUUUUAAGAUGAUGGAAUUGUUGGUCUGCUGUUGCCUCAGCUGCAUCGUUUCUUUGUCUUUUUUUAAUAGUUUAAACGUGUUGAUGUCACAGCAGAACAGCAACUUUGUGUUCUCAAGGCAGAAACACGGUUUUCCCCACCUAAACUGACCCGUUCUAUGCACUUCAGCCGUUAAACAUCACGAUGUUCUGCUUCCGACUCCGUCAGCAUCUCCACCUGCUCCUAACACCCGACCAACGACGAGCACGUCAUACACCCCAAAACAAAGAAAGCCUCGGAAGUCCUCGCCUCCCUUAAAUGCUCCGUCAGGAGUGGAAGAGCCGAGCUGCUCUUCCGGCGCACGGCUCACGCCAUCCAGAUGGUUCUGAUGGGUUUAAGAGAGGUCAAGCCUUGCUGUUAAGACAAAAAAAAUUAGUGGAGAUAAAAAAAAAACCCAAUAGUGCAUUUGUUUUCUAGACAAGUCCAGCUUUUAGUCACUUUUUUACCUGUCACACAUCUGCUGUAGAGUCCCUCCACCACCGCUGCGGUUUUUCCUGUUACACUGACGUGGUGGAUCCUGAAAUCCUGGAUGAGAUUUUAGUGAAUCCUGUUGGACUGAAUGUGAGGAGCAGAUCUGAACUCUGAUCAUGGUGACAAGGGUUUUAUCUGUCGUCUGUUCCCGGUGUCUCGUAUGUGAGCGUGUCUCAGAUAACGCCUUAUCCUCCCCGCCUGCUGGACCAGCCUUCUCUCAGUCUCCGUUAGCGCCGUCGUCAGACUGUUAUGGUGGAGUUCGUCACAGCUUGAUCUUUCUUUCAUCAGUGUAGCACUUACAAAGCUUCAUCUCUGCGUACAGCUCUGGGUGGAGCAGGUGCGCAUCAGCGCUGCGUGAGCGGUGAAAGAAUGCCUCGUCUCCUGCAGUCGCAGUGUUUCUCCUCCGUCGCCGUCUCGGCGGCGUUUCUCCUCCGUCGCUGUCUCAGUAGUGUGUUCCCGGCCUUCAGGACCCGGCUCAGUACUCAGCGUAGGGGAGUGACUGGUUUUUUCUGCUACACAUCUCAUAAAAUGAGCAAAUUCUUAUUUAGAAAAACAAAAAACAAAAAAAAAAUUGCUUUUGUAACUUUUAAAUUCAGAAAUGGAGUUAAGUAUUUAAAGAAGCCAUAUUGUGGCUUUAAUCCACAAGUUUCCUGAGCUCUUGAAUAUGAAUUUUUGUCCUGAGGUUGAGUCUAUGUUUUUGUGUCUGAAGGGACGAGCAGCUCAUAGACCCUGUUUCAGUAGUCGCAUGGGUCUAAGAACCUGUCAUCCACCACUCGUCACAUGUGCAGCAUCCACAACCGUCACACGCUGCUGCAUUUUCAGCCACACAAAUGAUAUAUCUAAUUUCUUUCAUCAUCUUCUGUCCCUUUAACACACCGUGCUUUGGUUCCUAAUGGAGAUGAGGCAUUUCGUCAUUCCUUCUUUGGUUUCUUUUUGCCGUUGUUGUCGUCAGUAACGGCCUUUCCAGAGGUCACGUGACCCGUGUUUUUACUUUUAGUAUGUGUCCAUUUUUUUGCUGUUUUGUUGCCAUUUGGAGCGGAUCGUUGCACGUCUCUGUCUCAGGCCAGGUUUCGUCGAAGCUGCAUGAGUGUCGCGGUCGUUACCUGAGCUGCUGAGACCCCCAGCCUGGGGUUCCUGUGUGUGGACCAGAGCUUCACUGGUUUAUGAACUCCACUUUUUCUUUUUCGGCGUGGAUAUUUUUCAGUUUUGUGUUUUUUUUUGUUUUUUUUCUCGAGGUCUCGAGGGCGUCCUGGAUUGAGACUGUUGGUGUCCGCUGUCAGACGGUGAGGUUGCCUGUCAUUUGGCCGAACUGUCCCGCGGGUUUGUGUUGGACCAGGACUCCGUUUUCUGGAUGGUGGCUCUGAUAUCUUCAGAAUCGAGCAGACAGAUGAGAAACAAGUGGCUUUUAGAGAACUUUUUUUUCUUGAGAUAGAGUAUUUUUCCUAAACUGAGGUAUUGAUGAUGUUUGCUUCGUAGGCCGUUGCGUGUGAGUAGCGCUGUACAUGCCACAAACCUGUAAUUCCUGAAUUGUGCUAAACUCUAACAAGCUGCAUGUUUCCCAGUUAAGCUAAAGGGAACCACAGUCCGCUUUGUGAUAAUCUUAUAAAGAAGCCGUAUAUGUGUGUAUAUUUUAAGAUAAGAGAGUUCUUCUUCCACUGAUCGAUGACACAAAGACGUCGUCUUCCCCUCCAAAUAAAUUUAUUUGCUUAAAGCGACUGAGAUUCUUGACAUUUGCCAAAGAAAUGGAAAGAGUUGUUUAGACAGAAAAAAGACAGGUGUUUGACUCUUCAGGUAAAAAUAUCAGCACAAUUUAUUGACUUUCUGGACGCUGUUUCAGGGUGCCGCCGUUUCCGUGUGCCGCUCAGCGCUUCUUUUAACAGAGUAUUUGCACCUUAUGACCCAAACCAAACUGAUCAUGGUCGUUAAAGGAAAUCUAUAGUUUUUACCCACUCUUAUGUAGAUUAUGCAUUUUAAUUCUUCUCUGUGCCCAAGAAUGGAGUCAGUGAGAACACCACACAUCUACAGAGCAGCCAUAGCCGUCAUACCAACAUCCUUCACUUUUCUAUCUAGAAGAUGCUUCUAUAAUCUUUAAAUUCCUAUAUUAGCUACCAAAAUGACUAUAAACCCUUUUGUGCUAGUACUGUCUUCUUGAAUGUACUCAUUUUGUACGUGUAUUUUUCUAACUCAGAGGUGAUUGUACUGUCAGGCUGCGGCGCUGCUGCUCUGAACGUUUCAGGUCCAAAGGAUGAGCGGCGUCAUGCCGGAGCCUCCGGAUCACCGAUCCGCAGCGAUGGGGCGAUAUCAUUCCCUGGUUUGCUUCUUCCUUUUUUCUUUGCAGUAAAAGUCUGUUCAGGACGGUUUAGAAAAACAGGGACUUUCCUGCUCUAAGAAACAUUUCAAUGCUUGACUUUCAACUUAUUUAUUACUGUUCCUUUUAAAGGUUUAGUCCAAUAAAAAUCAUGAUAAUACAGCUGGAUGUGCAUCCAUGUCUACAUGAACAUGCCCUUUACUGGAAUGUAGAUGACAGCUUCCUCUUGUGUGUGAUGAAGAUGUUGUGCCGCACAUCCUCCUCCUCUGAUUGGUUGUUCAUCAUGUGAGCUCGUUCAUCGUGUGCUUUAAUUUAUGUAAUUGCUCUCCAUGUUGACGUAUGCAUCUCUGAUUGUUGAAGCCCAUGUGUUUGAUGCAGCCUUGCCUUACCAGAAUCCCUGCAUACUGUGGGACCCCCCCCACCCCCCAACUUUACCUAAACCCCAACUCUGUCAUAACACUGUUAGCUGACACAAUUAUUACUUCUGCAACACUUAUUAAAAUAACAUCUACUCCA